AUGUACCGCUUGUUUGCCAAGGGCAAUAUGCGCUUGUGGACGACACAGUCUGUGCUCGUCGGGGACCUAGAAGAUCUCGUCGAGGAACUAUGCCUGGAGUGCGCUCAUUCAAGCAAAAGCAAUCGACUAGAACGCUUGCGGCUGUUCCAAGCGGACGUACGGGGCUUGGUGGCGGAGUGCCGGUGGCUGACUGACCUUGAGUUGUCGCAAUACUUUGGGAGAAGGGUCUGGGGCCACGAAUACGACUAUCUGUGUGAGGACUUUAAGGUUAUAAGGGAGUGUUUGGUUCAGGAGCUUACUGACUCGGUCUGGAACACGCUCUACGCCCAUUUUAACUCGUUCCUGAACCAUUUACGCCGUUUCAGCCACCGGGAGCACGCCAACAAGUGGAUGGAGGCAGCAAUAAAGGCGUCAUUUCACACGGCCACCAGAAUCGUCGGUCUCCCGGGGGACAACCGCGUCCAGCUCAAGUGGUUCCUUUACGCAGCCUGUGAGGCACGAUACCCACAGGCUGACCCCAGGCUCCGGGAGCAGAUCAGCAACCUCAUCUGGGAGCGUCGCAGAGUCAUCAUGGGUCAAUCGAGCCAUCUUCCGCGCGCGACGGUCGACUUCACUCGCACCAUUGAGCUUCCUCCGGUCCCCGGGAUACUACCUGGUAAGCUCUUCGCUCGGUGUCCUUACUGUGAGCACCGAUUUCUAUCCCGGAAUCUUAAUCAAUCGAUGUGGAGACGCCACCUGAUGGACGAUCUGCGGCCCUAUCUCUGCAUGUGGGCGCUGUGUCGACGCACGUUCAGCUCCAUUGACGCUUGGCUCAACCAUCUCAAGGACGCCGAUGCCCACCCUGCGAAGCUUCUGGCUUCUUUCUUGAAUGAAUGCCCCUUCUGUGGUAUCCCUUGCGCCGAUUCCCAGUGGUCCUCCGUGGAGAAGCUGCUGAGACAUAUUGCAGAACGUCAUCUGGAGGAACUUUUUCUGUUGGCACUUCCGGGGGGCCCGACGGAUCUGUUCUCGAAUGUCUUUCUGAAAGAAGGGAAGAUUGACCUGGAGCCUUAUGAGGCUCCCGAGGUUCCGGAGGCUCGUGAGGCUUAUUAUAUGCCUUUCGGAAGCCCAGAGGAUGAUGAAGUCGAAGAGAGUGUUGAUACAGAGGAAGACGACGGCCUGACCUCUGAGGGAGUCCGCUCUCCUCGCUCCUUAAUUUAG